AUGGGUGUCGUCAGUUACGACUUUGAGAUCACGACCCCGGUCCCUUUGGCCAAGAUGUUCAAGGCUGUUGUCCUCGACAGUGAUAACCUCAUUCCCAAGGUGCUCCCGCAAGCCAUCAAGAGUGUCGAAGUCCUCAAGGGCAAUGGAGGUCCCGGGACCAUCAAGUUGAUCACUUUCAGCGAAGGCAGUCAGUACAAGACAAUGAAGCACAAGGUUGAGGCCCUGGACAAGGAGAACUUCACCUACAGCUACUCGAUCAUUAAGGGCGACGUGCUGGGCACCACCUUCGAGAAGAUUAGCUACGAGGCGAAGAUCACCGCGUCGCCCGAGGGAGGCUCAGUGUGCAAGAACACGAGCAAGUACUUCACCAUUGGUGAGGUGGACACCACCGAGGAGAAGAUCAAGGCCGGGAAAGAGAAGGCGUCCGCAAUGUUCAAGGCCAUCGAGGCUUAUCUCUUGGCAAACCCUGAUGCCUAUUGA